UCUUUCCUUCCCCUUAGCUAGGGCGGAAGGUCGGGAGCUAAGCGCCGCCAGAGCCGCUCCCCACCCCCGCCCGCUGCGCAGAGGCCAGCGGAGUCCGCAGUAGCCGCAGCGGGGCGGGCGGCCGCAGGAGCUGCAUUGGGAGCUGUUGCAGCCCAGCCGGCGGCGGCGCGAGCCCAUGGCCAGGAGUCCGGCCCAGCAGCCCCAGCCGAAGCCGCAGCCCCAGCAGCAGCAGCAGCAGCCGCCGCCACCGCCGCUUGCCUCCUCCAGCCCCUGCAUGCCGUCCGGGCCGCUGGCCGAUCCUGACCCGGAGCAAGAUGCCGAACACAUCGGGCCUGGACAAAGCUUUGAAAAUGUCUCUGCAGAGGAAAUCGAAGAUCCAUUCGUCAGCGGGACCUGUUUAUACCACCUCCAGCUACAAGAAAGCGGAUGAUGAGAUGUCCGGGACCACGUCCAUUGCGGACCUGGAGGAAGCACCCACUCGCACCAUUUACUUCAACCAGCCCCAGCAGACCAAGUUCCACGACAACCGGGUCAGCACAGCAAAGUACAGUGUGGUUACAUUUCUACCUCGAUUCUUGUAUGAGCAGAUUAGAAGAGCUGCUAACGCCUUCUUCCUCUUCAUUGCCUUAUUACAGCAAAUUCCAGAUGUUUCCCCAACAGGAAGAUAUACCACCCUGGUGCCAUUGAUAUUUAUCCUAACAGUUGCAGGCAUCAAAGAGAUUAUAGAAGAUUAUAAACGUCACAAAGCUGACAACACAGUUAACCGAAAGAAAACAAUAGUGUUAAGAAAUGGUAUGUGGCAGAACAUUUUUUGGAAAGAGGUGGCUGUUGGAGAUGUUGUAAAGGUCACUAAUGGGCAGUAUCUUCCAGCAGACUUGAUCCUUAUCUCUUCCAGUGAACCUCAGGCAAUGUGCUAUGUUGAAACAUCUAAUCUGGAUGGGGAGACCAAUCUUAAAAUUCGGCAGAGUUUGCCUCAGACAGCUAACCUGACUUCAAGGGAGCAGUUGAUAAAAGUAUCUGGAAGAAUAGAAUGUGAAGGUCCCAACCGCCACCUCUAUGAUUUCACUGGAAACUUGUAUUUAGAUGGUAACAGUUCAGUUUCAAUUGGGCCUGACCAGAUCUUACUAAGAGGUGCCCAGCUUAGAAAUACUCAGUGGGUCUUUGGCAUAGUUGUAUACACUGGACACGACACCAAGCUCAUGCAGAAUUCAACUAAAGCUCCUCUCAAGAGAUCCAAUGUUGAGAAAGUGACCAAUGUGCAAAUUCUGGUUUUGUUCUGCAUCUUACUGGUCAUGGCCCUGGUGAGUUCUGUGGGCGCAUUGCUAUGGAACCGAACCCAUGACAACAUGAGCUGGUAUUUUAGUGAAAUAGAGGGAGUUUCCAACAAUUUUGGAUAUAACCUGUUGACAUUUAUCAUCUUGUAUAACAAUCUCAUUCCAAUUAGUCUUCUGGUCACCCUUGAAGUUGUAAAAUUUAUUCAGGCCCUUUUUAUAAACUGGGACCUGGAUAUGUAUUAUAUGGAAAAUGACACCCCUGCAAUGGCCCGGACAUCAAACCUUAAUGAAGAGCUUGGGCAGGUUAAAUAUCUAUUUUCCGAUAAAACGGGAACGCUUACAUGCAAUAUCAUGACCUUCAAGAAAUGUAGCAUCGCAGGAGUAACCUAUGGCCAUUUCCCAGAGUUGGAAAGAGAACGCUCCUCAGAAGACUUCAGUCAGUUGCCUCCUCCCACUAGUGAUUCAUGUAUAUUCGAUGACCCAAGAUUGUUACAGAACAUUGAAAAUGAUCACCCCACUGCUGCGUGUAUACAGGAGUUCCUCACGUUGCUGGCUGUUUGUCACACUGUUGUUCCAGAGAAUGACGGCAAUACUAUCAACUACCAGGCCUCUUCCCCAGAUGAAGGGGCAUUAGUGAAAGGAGCAAAAAAACUUGGCUUCGUCUUUACUGGAAGAACUCCUGACUCGGUUAUCAUAGAAGCUUUGGGUCAAGAAGAAACAUUUGAAGUUCUUAAUGUCUUGGAGUUUUCAAGUAACAGAAAAAGGAUGUCUGUAAUUGUUCGAACACCAUCAGGACAAAUUCGCCUCUACUGCAAAGGAGCUGAUAAUGUGAUUUAUGAGAGACUGUCAGAGAAUUCUGAGUUCACAGAACAAACUUUGUGUCAUCUGGAAUAUUUUGCUACAGAAGGUUUGAGGACACUCUGUGUUGCCUAUACUGACUUGUCCGAGGAUGUGUACCAGGAGUGGUUGACUGUUUAUCAAACGGCCAGUACAACUUUGAAAGACAGAAGUCGGAGGUUGGAAGAGUGCUAUGAAAUCAUUGAAAAGGAUCUCCUGCUUCUUGGAGCUACAGCCAUUGAGGAUCGUCUUCAGGCCGGUGUUCCAGAAACGAUAUCAACACUAAUGAAAGCAGAAAUUAAAAUAUGGAUCCUAACUGGGGAUAAGCAGGAAACAGCAAUUAACAUAGGCUACGCCUGCAAACUGGUGUCACAAAGCAUGUCUCUCAUUUUGGUGAAUGAACAUUCUUUGGACGCAACAAGAGAAGCCCUUACUCAGCACUGUGCUUGCCUUGGAAAUUCUUUGGGCAAAGAAAAUGACAUUGCCUUGAUCAUUGAUGGCCACACACUGAAGUAUGCCCUCUCAUUCGAAGUCAGGCAGAUCUUCCUGGAUUUGGCCCUUUCGUGUAAAGCAGUCAUCUGUUGCAGAGUAUCUCCCUUGCAGAAGUCUGAAGUUGUUGACAUGGUUAAGAAGCAUGUGAAAGCCAUCACCCUCGCCAUCGGGGACGGUGCCAACGACGUGGGGAUGAUCCAGACCGCUCAUGUUGGCAUAGGGAUCAGUGGGAACGAGGGCAUGCAGGCAACAAACUCCUCUGAUUACGCCAUUGCACAGUUUGCCUACUUGGAGAAGCUUCUAUUGGUGCACGGAGCCUGGAGUUACAAUCGAGUGACCAAAUGCAUCUUAUAUUGCUUCUACAAGAAUGUGGUGCUUUAUAUUAUUGAGCUUUGGUUCGCCUUUGUUAAUGGAUUUUCUGGACAGAUUUUAUUUGAACGCUGGUGCAUCGGCUUGUACAAUGUGAUUUUCACUGCAUUGCCACCCUUCACUCUGGGAAUCUUUGAGCGGAUUUGUACUCAGGAGAGCAUGCUCAGGUUUCCACAGCUCUACAGGAUUACCCAGAAUGCUGAGGGAUUUAACACAAAGGUUUUCUGGGGUCACUGCAUCAACGCCUUGAUCCACUCCAUCAUUCUCUUCUGGGGUCCAAUGAAAGUACUGGAGCAUGAUGCAGUGUUGGCGAGUGGUCGUGUUGUAGACUAUUUAUUCGUUGGAAACAUUGUUUAUACAUAUGUUGUUGUUACUGUUUGUCUGAAAGCUGGUUUAGAGACAAGAGCUUGGACGAAGUUUAGUCACCUGGCUGUUUGGGGAAGCAUAGUGCUCUGGCUGGCAUUUUUUGGAGUGUACUCGACCUUCUGGCCUGUCAUCCCCCUCGCACCAGACAUGGUUGGGCAGGCAGGAAUGGUGUUAAGAUGUGGAUACUUCUGGCUGGGUUUGCUUCUGGUGCCUGGGGCAUGCUUACUUAAAGAUUUAGCAUGGACAGCGGCCAAGCAUACCUACCAUAAAACUUUGCUGGAGCAGGUUCAGGAGUUGGAAACUAAGUCCAGAGAGCUGGGAAAAACUAAGCUUCGUGAUAGUAAUGGAAAGAGCUUGAAUGAGCGAGAUCACUUGUUAAAGAGACUGGGCAGAAAAACUCCUCCGAGUCUGUUCCGUUCUAAUUCUAUCCAGCAAGGUGUAUCACAUGGAUAUGCCUUUUCCCAAGAAGAACAUGGAGUGGUCUCUCAGUCAGAAGUGGUCCGCUCCUACGACACAACCAAACAGAGAGCUGGAGUGCAGUAGGACACUGCCUUCCCUGACAGAUAGCAGGAAUUGAUGAUGGGACUCAGAUGAGUGUAUCCAGCAUCCUUGACUAAGGCUGGCAGCAACAGCAGCUGAAACACCAGAAAGAAAAUUCAUUUCUGUGGCCUUAGCCAGCAAGUUUGUUAAUUAUGUCUCCCCUUUGCAAACCCUGACUACAUAUGGUGGGGGAAAUCGUUGUUUCAAUUUGUCUGCAAUGCUUUGUUUAUGUUGUUAUGAAGCAUUCGACUGUGCUCUGUGAGGUGUGAAAUUAAAAACAUUAUGUUUCACCAAUAUUUAAACAUCAGUACAAGUUGUUCUGGGAGAAAGGUAAAAGAAUUUUAUGUUCCGUGAGAAACCUAUCUUGCUUUAAUUGGAAUGGGGGUAUGGAAACUUCCUGUUUUGUUAACUUGUAGAUUAAGUGCACCAGCAGCAUGUAAACCUUACGCCAGACUGGUUGUUCCCCUCGCUUUGAUUUAAAUUUUGUUUGUAUGAAGUUGACAUAAACUUCUUGAUUGCAAUGAAAUCACAAAUAUGUAAUGGGAUGACAAAUCUGAGAAUAUUUAUCUUAACCUUUUUAGCCUCCUACCUUCCCAGCAGUGCUAACACAUAGGUGUUCCAGUGAAGUAUUCUGCAGCCAUCCUGUGGGCUCUUUCUAGCUGUUUUUUCUUCCCCAUAUGCACAGACAGUAUUUCUUCCCUUCACACUCUCUGCAUGGCGGGCCAGGUGUGCUGGUGGCAUGGUAACCCAAUGCUGCAGCUGUCCCAGCCAUAUGAUUUCCCCAGCUUCUGGCCUCUUGGCCUGCAAACUC